AUGUCUAGGUCUGCCCUGAAGCUGCGUUCUUGGCCUCUCACGAUCCUUUAUUACCUCUUACCAUUUGCUGCACUUCGGCCCUUGGUCAGAGUAGGAUGGCGACCUACUAGCAGGGUUGCCAUCUACAAGUCUGUGCCAACAAGACUGCUUUCUCGGGCAUGGGGACGCCUGAAUCAGGUGGAGCUACCAACAUGGCUGCGGAAACCUGUAUACAGUCUAUAUAUCUGGACUUUUGGUGUGAACAUGAAGGAGGCUGCAGUGGAAGAUUUGCACCAGUACCGAAACCUCAGUGAAUUCUUCCGAAGGAAGCUGAAACCUCAGGCAAGGCCUGUAUGCGACUCCCAUAGUGUGAUUAGUCCAUCUGAUGGAAAGAUCCUACACUUUGGCAGAGUGAAAAACUGUGAGGUGGAGCAGGUUAAAGGGGUAACCUACUCCCUGGAAUCCUUUCUGGGGCCACAGACAUGGACCGAUAAUCUCUCCGUCACAAAGAGUGAGUUUGUACGUUCUUUCCAGGAUCAGCUUGUGACUCAGGAAGGCAAUGAGCUCUAUCAUUGUGUCAUUUACCUGGCUCCUGGCGACUAUCACUGCUUUCACUCACCAACAGAUUGGAAUGUGUACCACAGACGUCAUUUCCCAGGAUCACUCAUGUCCGUGAAUCCAGGAGUUGCUCGUUGGAUAAAAGAAUUGUUCUGUUAUAAUGAACGUGUUGUGCUCACAGGGAGCUGGAAACAUGGGUUCUUCUCACUCACAGCAGUCGGAGCCACUAAUGUUGGCUCUAUACGCAUAUAUUUUGACAGGGAUCUACAGACUAACAGCCCCCGCUACAGCAAAGGUUCACAUAAUGACAUGAGCUAUAUAACGAACAAUAAUCAGGAUGGAAUUGUGAUGCGGAAAGGAGAUCAGCUAGGAGAAUUUAAUCUUGGUUCCACCAUAGUAUUAAUAUUUGAGGCACCAAAGAAUUUCACCUUUAACUUGAAAGCUGGACAGAAAAUCCACUUUGGAGAGGCUGUGGGCUCGCUCUAA